AUGGCUGCGCCGAUUGAGGUUGUUGCCCAAUUCCCUUCCCUUACGGGACUCGACAGAGAGAUACCUUCACAAACCGAGAUCCUACCUAUCACAAUGGAACGCAUCAAGCAGACCAAGUCAAAGCUCGAAGAGUACAAAGAGAUGAUGCACGCUGCUGAGUCUAAAUUGGGAAGUGCAGACCUCUUGCUUUCGGAUGCGACAUAUGUGUACUAUGGUCUUAACGCAUACAAAUGCCAUCAAGCAUGUGUUAAUGACAGUUUUAUGGUUGCCUAUCAGAAACUCCUUCGCGAUUAUGAGAAGUAG